UGCUAGUCAAGUGCUAGUAGUCGCCUAUCAAUAUCAAGAUGUUACUAAUAAAGAGAUUAGAACAAUUGACGCAAUUUUCUACGUGCACCAGCCAGCAUGGACAGCCACAAAGAUAUUCUACGUCCACUUUCGGAGGACGAAUUCAAAGAAUUACUACAGUUAUAUCGGGCGAAAUAUGGCGAGCAAAACUACCAUUACCUGUUGAUGUACAAUCAAAACAAAUGGAAUGAGCAGCUGAAGAAUUUGAAUUGCAAUGUGAAAACUGGCGACGCAGCAGACAUAUGGUUGUCGUUCCGGAAAAACUUUUAUACUUACCGAGAUGGUGAUUUUAGGCAGUUUGGUACCUAUGUGAGCCUGCACUAUGAUAUUCUCCAAAGCGUCUCAUUUCACUCGUGGGAGCCAAGUCAGGCGGAAGUAUUAAAGUGUUUGCGUGAAACUAAUUUGAUCAAGUGGCAAGAGGGGCCGUUAUUAACAAAUGUUGACCUUGAAUUAUGUGAUGAGGUGAAAAUGAUCGCCAUAGCGAACGGUGCAAGUGUGCAACGUGCGCGUUUAUGCUUAUUUUUAAUAUUGGAGCAUGAGAAAGCGGCUGUUUAUGCUUUGGAGCACUUAAAAGCUGGUUACACUGUUGAAAAGUUAAGCGGCAAUAAUGCAGCACUCAUACAUGAGUUGUGGCCCAAUAAGAAGGAAGGCUCAUUGGCGUAUGUACGCGGUCUAAUUGAGUUAAAUCAGACUGCGGGCAUUUUUAGUGAUACAAAUGGUGAAUUGGUUGCAUGGGCGUUUCAAAAUGAUUUCUCUGGUUUAGGUAUUCUACAGGUGUUGCCAACGGAACAACGUAAGGGUUUAGGCGGCUUUUUGGCUGCAUAUUUAUGCAAACAAGUGGCCGCUGUGGAGCAAGUGCAUUUAUCAGCUUGGAUUGUUAGUGAAAACUACAAAUCGAAAGCGUUAUUGGGAAAGAUCGGGUUUAAGGAAGUGGCAAAGGCAGAGUGGAUACAAUUAAACAAAGCAUAGUUAAUGAAAAAGUUAGAAAAAAACAUUUUUUUAAGAAAUUAACAAUUUCAGCAAGUAGUGUAUAUUACUAAACCAACUAGCAUUAUUGUAGUACAAAAUUGGUUAACUAAACGAGUAUUUGAAGAAAUAAAAAUAAAUAAAUAAACAAAAA